GGGCGACAGACGACCGUGUAUGACGUAACGCUUUACGCACCGCGCGCGUCUCCCUGUACGUAUAUCAGCGUGCGCGCUCCCGCUCAACUCCUUUCUCUUUCCGGCUCCAUCUUGUACGGUGGUGGCGUCUCGUGCAUAGCUGGAACCAUGCAGCUGUUCAUCCGUGCUCAGAACCUGCACACCCUUGAGGUGUCUGGCCAGGAAACAGUAGCUCACAUUAAGGCUCACAUUGAGUCCCUGGAGGGCAUCGCAUCUGAGGAUCAGGUUGUUCUCUUGGGUGGAACUCCCUUGGAGGAUGAAUCUCUCAUUGGGCAAUGUGGCAUCAGCGAGUUUACCACCCUGGAGGUGGCUGCUCGCAUGCUGGGUGGUAAGGUCCAUGGCUCCCUGGCUCGUGCUGGGAAGGUGAGAGGCCAGACUCCCAAGGUUGCCAAGCAAGAGAAGAAGAAGAAGAAGACUGGCCGUGCCAAGAGACGCAUGCAGUACAACCGGCGCUUUGUCAAUAUUGUGCCAGGCUUUGGCAAGAAGAAGGGUCCCAAUGCUAACUCCUAAAUGGCACACUUCACCCAAUAAAGCAGAUGUCACCUGAG